GUGGACUUAAAUUCUGUUGUCGGAGAGGUUUUUUUAGAGUAAGUUUAUCCGCAGGACGAUCUUUCCCCGCGGAUCCCGUGAAAAGCGACGAGUUUUCUUUCUGAAUACGCAAGGCAAAAGGGCAUUUUCGUCCCUUCACCCAUGCCCGUCUCAAUUUCUAUUUGAACUCUUCUCCCUCCCCAUCCUCUUCAUCCUCUGGGAGUUGCAGAAAUCAGAAGUCUUCCCUUUUUUCGUCUCACCCCUCCGGAUCAUUCAUGCUUUCCUUGUUUUCUUAAUCACCAUUUCCUCGUUUCACUCACCUCCGGCUCCAAUUGAUCAGUUUUUUUUUGUAAACAAGUCUUUAUGUAUCAAUUGGUACCGUUCGUUCAUUCCCGGGUGCAAUUCAGCAAAUUUGAUUCCGUUCCAUCUAAAAACUAGGGCUUCGGAGAGCCUAAUGAUUGAAUUUUUCCACGUUUUAGAUUUUCUUAGAUACUUCGAAUUCGAUUGAGCCGAUAUUGAUCCGUGGAAAUCCUGAAGCCCAACUUUUUUCAAGUUGUUCGUUCGGGAUCGAAAUUCUGGGGGAUAUUUUAGGUUUCUAACUUUUUUUUUGUUUUUGAAUUUUGAAUCAUUGAAUUCGCUGGACAUAUAUUGAAUUCAUUCCCGAAAGGGGAAACAGAGAGAAAAUUUUGGUGGUGCUGGUAUUGCAAUGAACUGUGGGGUUUGUGCUUCGCCAGGGGACCCGUGGUUGAAACUGGCCGGCCGCGGCGGAGCAAGUGGUGGUGAUGUGGGAGGUUUGGUGCAGGUGGCGGAUGGAUUCAGCCACGACAGUGAAAAUGAUUUGGCUGCGAUGGUGAGAGAUUUUCUGGAAAAUGGAAGCUUAGGUACGGAUUCCAGGAGUAGCAGCGACAGCGAUUCCAGCUUCUCCGAUCUCGCUCACCUUGCAGACAAGUUAUCCUACAUCAAGAAGGCAGUGGAUCAGUAUGAGAGCAAGCUGCUGUCUAUAGUGAGUUCACUUUUGACAUCAAUGAAAGAAACAGAGCUCCAUGCUGUAAAGUCAGGCCCUUGCAAUUCUAGCUGCAUCAAAUAUUCUCUUGUGAAGCUCUUGAGGCUUUUGGGCUAUGAUUCUGGUGUUUGUUCUUCCAAGUGGCUUGGCAAUGGCAAGGUUCCUGCAGGUACGUACCCUCUUUUAUAAUGCUCUUGAUUUGCUUUUACUUCUAGAGUGAUGAUAUUUUGGGUAUCAACAGCGCAAGGGUCUGUUUGCUAAACCAGUGCAGUGUGAGUUGAAGCUUUAAAGGAUUGUAUCCUUGGUGCUUUUGAGUUCAGGGUCCGUUUGUUUACAGCUAUAUAACUUGCGGAGAAUAUUUUGUUAGAACAUAAGAUGCUCUGUGUAUAAUAUUAAGUUGGAUCCACAAAUAGAAAACAUAAAACUCUACUGUAGGAGAAUUACCUCACAACGAGAAGUCAAUUCCCACUAAUGUCAAAGAAUCAAGGACAAACAUUUUUCAUGGCCAAACACGUUCUUUUGUUGAUCUCUUCCAAUACGGGAAAAUUUGAAAACAUUUUCAAGGAAAAUAUUGAAAACGAACAUUACAUGGUCAAGAAAACCAGGGAAAAAAGUUGUACAGCGGUGAGAAUUUGUAUGGGAGGUGUGAGGGGCACUACUGAUGGCCAAUUGCAUCGCCAUAUCAAAAUCCACCUAUCUGGCGAAGCAGCCUGAAUUUUUUUGAAUACAUCUUUCUAUAACUAGUUUGAAGAACUAAAUUGCUAUGUACUCUGUAAAUAUGCUUACUUAUCUGGAUAAUCUAACUGACCCUUUCUAUAUGAUUUAGGGGAUCAUGAAUACAUUGACGUUAUCAAGUUCAAUGAAGCCGGAGGCUCAGAGCGUUUGAUCAUUGACAUUGACUUUCGCAGCCACUUUGAAAUCGCCAGAGCAGUCCAGUCGUAUGACAGAAUCCUGAGUUCUGUCCCAAUCGUCUACGUGGGCCCAGUACCGAAGCUCAAGCAGUUCCUUGAAGUCAUGGUUGAAGCUGCCAAAUCUUCUCUCAAGCAGAACUCAAUGCCGAUUCCUCCAUGGAGAUCCUAUGCUUACCUUCAAGCAAAGUGGGGGUCAUCUCCAUAUCAAAGAAAAUUUGUUCCCGAGGAUCCACAUGUUGUUACCCAGACAGCAUCUGUUUGUUGCCAUGGUCAAUGUUUUUUGCAUUUAAAACAGCUGAAAUCUGCCCUCCAAGCAGAAAUUGAAGUGAAAAGGUUGUUCAGGCCAAUGAAUGGUGAUAAGAGGGCUCGAAAAAAACGAGAGCUGGCGGGGGGUUCUUCAUACCACGUAAACAAAAAUUUUGAUUUCUGAUGUGGGAUUUUUUUCCGUGACCCAUGUUGUGAUGAGUUUUUUUCACUUUAAUUUUGCGGCAUCUUCUUUUACAAUCAAAUGUCUAUUUGAGUUUCUAUUAUACUGCAACGUUAACAAAUUUUACAGCGUAAUACUUUCCACGUGAUCGUGUUAUUUGAAUACAAUAAAUGAGACAAUACUACUAAAAAUCUCAUGUUUUG